AUGGCGCAACAGAAAUUGGGUGCUGUGAUCCUUUGUGUGAUGAUGGCUGUCGGAGCAUCAAUGAUCUAUUUUUUCAUCACAGGGUAUUCCCUUCUUCAUCGAUUUUCCCCUGUUGAAAACAACACGUUUGAUGCUGCAUCCUGUAAUUAUUAUAGGCUAAGGAAAGACAGGCAGCAGCAUUUGAAGCCUGAAAACACCUCCAGCACCAACACACUCGGAGAAAUCACUACUAGCGACCGCUUGUCAAAGACAAAGGAAAACCCCAAUAUUCCAAUAGUAAUCAAGCACCAUUCAGCGGAAGCAAGAUCCAAUGACCAUUCCUUUUAUGAGCUUAAUUUCAUUCAUCUGUUGAACGGAAAAUGGAGCUAUUGGAAAAGGAAUACAUCUUUUGUAAAUAUCAACAAAUAUUCAACCAUACCAGAGCCAUCCAUGCCUCUAUGGUGGAAGGUGGAAGGAGGACCAAAAGCCAUUUCCUUUGAGGGAGAAAUCAAUACUUGGCCCAACCAAAGCUCUUCGACCAACCUCAUUUAUGACGUUGCAGUUUUCAAUCCCGUUCCUCUCGACCUUGAGAAUAUGUGGCACUCUGUUAUAGAUUUUUAUGUGUUUAUUUAUCAUACUCUAAGAAACUAUCUACAAGAAGCUGCUUCCUCAAACUCCUUUAAAUCGUCAGUGGCAUUAUUGCUUCAUACCAACACCUGUUGCAGCUAUAGGAAAUACACAUGUCACGAAAAGGAUUCGUGUUUGUCUCCAAGCCAUCAGUCUGUUCAAUUAUUGUACGCCUUAACAGGCGGUUAUGAACAUGUCUAUUGGGUGGAUGAAAAAUAUUUAAGCAAUUACAAAGAUUUGAACUUUUACUUUAACAAAAUAUUCGUUGGGAUGGACGUCUCAUGCAGAGUAUUAGAUGGUAACCAUUUUACUCUUAAAGAUGCUUCCAACCGAAGGAAGUGUCUUGACUUGUAUUUUGAAAUGGGAACAUUCUUUUUGACAUAUUUCGGAAUUAUCAAUUCAAAGCAUGAACGUUCUCUUGUUCCAAACAGCGAUACCGUUCAUAACGUGUUGUAUUUGUCACGAAAAGAUGCAAACAACAAACGAGUAGAAAACGAAGAGGACCUUCUUGCACUUCUCAAGGCUAGACUUCCCAAGAACUCACGCCUUAUUGUUGUGCAAUUUAGCAAGAUACCUAUUGUUGAGCAGAUGAGAAUGGUUCAUGAAGCAUCUGUUUUCAUAGCAGGAAGGGGAGCAGGCAUGGCAAAUGUAAUUUAUUUGAAAAAGGGAGCUCAGUAUGUUCAUAUAUGUCCUGAUAUGCUACCAUUCACCUCAUUUAAAGACCUAAGAGAUGUAAAUUGGUUUUACUACUCUACGAUCGAUGUUCAGGUAGUCUGCAAUAGUAACAAUUCAAAUUGUGGAACCAAUUGGGGAAAUUGGAGAGUGAACGUGGAGCACAGUGUGAAAACAAUUUUGGAGGCUUUGGAUAGAGUUUUGAAGAAGGCCUAG